AUGGCAACAUUUGAUGAUGUUUUACAGCAAAUCGGGGACUUUGGGCAUUUUCAAAAACAACUUUUUGUGUUGUUGUGCUUGGCAUCUGUCUGUUUUGGUUCAGUUUAUGUUUGUGGAGUUUUCCUGGCAGUUAUUCCAGAACACUGGUGCAGCAAUCCCAAGGCAAGAAUACUCAGAGACAAAUGUGGCUGGACACAGGAAGAAGAGAGGAACUAUUCUGUUCCAGUGGUAGAAGGAACAGCAAGCUUCCAGCAGUGUCAGACAUAUUCUUUAGAUUGGAACAGCACAGAAUUUAACUGCUAUAAUGUCUCCCUACUGCUUUCAAACUAUUCCAGACACACUAUACCAGUCACUGAAUGUGUAGGUGAAUGGAUCUACAGUGGUUCUGUUUCAUCAGUUGUUUCACAGUUUAACCUUGUGUGUGAUGAUGACUGGAAGGUGGAUCUGUUUCAGUCCUCUUUGAAUAUUGGAUUAUUUAUUGGAACUAUCAUCAUGGGAUACCUUGCAGACAGGUUUGGUCGAAAAAUCUGCUUUCUGUUUGCAGCAUUUGCCACUGCUGUUUCAGGUGUUCUUAUGGCGUUUGCACAAAGUUAUUCCUUGCUUUUGUUUUUCCGCAUUCUGCAAGGACUGUUCAGUACUGGAGCAUGGUCAAUAGCCUAUGUCCUUGCCACAGAACUAGUUGGUUCAUGCCACAGAAGAGCAGUGGGAGUCUUUCUUCAAAUGUCCUUUAGUGUUGGAGUUAUUGUUAUACCAGGAGUUGCAUAUCUUAUUCAAGACUGGAGGUGGCUACAGCUGGCAAUAUCACUUCCCUAUUUCCUCUUCCUACUGUACUACUGGUGUCUACCAGAGUCUCCAAGAUGGUUGUUUGCUCGCAAUAAAAAUACCAAAGCUAUGGCUAUUACAAACCAAAUUGCCAAGAGAAAUGGUAUUAAGUUGCCCUAUGCAGCACGAUUGAAAAAGCUAAGACUUGAAGAAAAUUCAAACAAUCCAUCAUAUUUUGACCUGGUCAAAACACCUCAGAUGAGGAAGCACACUUUUAUCCUUAUGUUUGUUUGGUUUACAUGUGCGGUCGUAUACCAAGGCCUUGUAUUGCGCCUGGGAGUUCUUGGUGGAAAUCUCUACUUGGAAUUUUUUGUUACUGCACUUGUUGAAUUUCCAGCUGGAAUUAUAAUAUUUUUAGUCAUUGAUCGCCUAGGACGCAGACUUCCAUUUUCCAUUUCAAAUUUAAUGGCAGGUGUUGCUUGUUUGGCAUGUGCCUUUAUCCCAGAAGAUAUGUACUGGCUACAAACAAUAGCGUCUUCAUUUGGAAGGCUUGGCAUCACAAUAUCAUUUCAGGUGGUAAACCUUGUUAAUGCUGAACUCUAUCCUACUUUUAUGAGGAAUCUUGGUCUUGCAGUUUGUUCGUCUUUAUGUGACGUGGGCGGAAUCAUUGCUCCCUUUAUCCUUUACAGAUUAGCAGCAAUUUGGUCUCCACUGCCUGCCGCAUUUUUUGGGAUAAUUGGCCUCAUUGCAGGAGGAUCAGUCUUGUUUUUACCUGAAACGAAGAGCAUGGUUUUGCCAGAGACAAUUGAAGAAGUAGAACAAAUGCACAGGAAGAAGACGGCCUACUUGCCUGGGACAUCAUAUCCCUUGGAUGAUAAAAGUCAAAAAGAGGAAGCAAUCACAGCACAUGCAUAAUAUUACUUGUUAAAUGGCAAUAGGAUGGAAUACAUUAUUUUUACCACUCCAAGUUUCAAAAACAUGCAAACAUUAACUCUGUAAUUGUUAUGAGACUGCCCUAUUCCACUCACUCCCUUUGACCAUAACAAAAGUUGCACUUUCUUAAAGGAUGCAUUACUUUUACUACAUCGUAUCUUACAUCUCUGCAAUGUAGUCCUGAAUUUUUACAUUUCCUUGUUUGAAUGCCCUAUCUCUUUAGGAUAGCCAUUCAAAUAAUCUUUAAAAUAUUACGUCACAACCCUAUUUAGCCAUUUGAUUUGUAUGUCUUCAUUACUCUAUCAACUAAUGCUAUAGCUGCUAUAAGCAAAGCCCACACCAUAUGUGUCACCCGCUGUUGAACUGUCAGAACUUCUUAUUUAGUUGGGAAGACUCCAGAACUGCACGUAAUACUCAUAUGAGGUCUAACCAGCUCUAUACAAGGAAGCAGAUAAUACCAUUUGUGUUUCGACAAGCCAUGUCUCUGUCUUUCUGUUUGCAUUUACGUAGGCCAUCAGUCUCUUCUGUUAUUUUCUCACACAGCUUGCUCACCUUUAGAUCAUUAAUAUUACUUCACGGGGUCCUUUUUGUAACUUUUUGCUGCUAUUACUUCUAUUCCAUUUGUGUACCCCUUUUCUGUUCUUUCCUUUUUUACAUGCAUUCUUUCGAA